AUGGUGGAAGACGCGCUGAGCCUCAGGAAGCAUACGGGAGAGCGACCAGCCGCAGCCGCUACAGAUCCCGAUAGCACGGCUUCCUUCUACCUACGGUUUGACAUCGUCAACAUGUUUCCGGACCUCCGGGUCUCGGUCCUAUCCGAGCCGGCGGCCGGCACGUGCCCGGGGCGGGCCACUUUGCUGCGCUGGGAGAUCAUGGCCGACGGCGUCAUUCUUGAACUCUUGGACCGUGUGGCCGGAUCCGACGACUUCUCGGGGAUUGUAUUCACGCAGCUGCCGCACCAGCAGCGCUUGGCUGUUGGCCGCGGCCUGGCGCCCGAGCUGCUCCAGCUCGAUGUGCUGCGCCAGUACACGGUCUCGCAGCAGGACAAGGCCGCUCAAGUAAAACAUGUAUAUCCUGCGGCACUUGAAAGCCACCCUGCCGCGGCUUUGGAUGCCACCGAUAUAGAUAUUUCUAUGUAA